GCAUCUGUGUACAGGGAGUUUCAGUGUUUUAGUAUCGUUUUUACGGUACGCUAUUCUAGUCUAUGGUCCGAAGGUCCCGCGUCAGCGUCACGCAACCGAUAUAAAGUAGGGGUGGGGAGCGGGCUGUUUCAGUACUUAGCUUAUAGCGUUGUGCAUUAGUGCUUUGUGCAGUUUUUAUUCAGUGUCGUAUUAUCUCAAUAUCCUUUGUCUUGGUGACGAUCACAAUGGGGGUGCUUGCAGCAAUCGCCGUGAAUAUUAUCGGAGGCAUCGUAAUCUAUGGUACGGGAGGACUGUUGGCGCCUAUAGUGGCACCGUUGUUGGGUUUCAGUAGCACUGGCAUCGCUGCAGGCUCCGUGGCUGCAGCUGCGCAGGCCUACUAUGGAAACGUGGUCGCCGGCUCCAUUAUAUCACAGCUAACGGCCGCAGCUAUGCUAGCCCCUACACCUUGAACUUUCACAACAUUACACAUAUUUUAGCGAAAAUGUGAAAUAAAGGUUUGAAGUAUAAUAGAUUUAUUUAAUUUUGUUGUUUACGUAUCUACCCUAC